AUGAGGAUCGGAAACAAGACCCGUGUGCUGAUCGUGGGGACAUUCCCUAAGCCUAUCCUCACAGUGCAGCCAGACUCUGUUGUCUCCAAGCACACUAAUGUGACAUUCUUGUGUGAGGGGACCACAGGAGCCAAAGAGUAUUGUAUCUACAAAGAUGGAGGUCAAUACACACACUUUAUACAGUUUCUCAGAAUGAGAAAAAAGUCUCAGAAUGAGGCUGAAUUCUCCAUCUCAAAAACUGACGAGCACCAUGCAGGACAAUAUCACUGUUGCUGUCAGAACUAUGACGGACAAUCAGAGUGCAGUGACUCUGUGGAGCUGGUGGUGACAGGAGCCUACAGUAAACCCAAUCUGUCAGUCCAGCCCAGCCCGGUAGUGACUGAAGGAGGGAAUGUCACUUUCCAGUGUGACUCAAGGGAGCAAUUUGACAGGUUCAUUCUGACUAUGGAAGGGCCACAGAAGCUCUCCUGGAUGCAGGGCAAACAGUACAACAACUCUGCUGAACUCUUCCAGUCUCUGUUCUCCGUGGGUCCUGUGACCUCCAGGCAAAGGUGGACAUUCAGAUGCUAUGGCUUUGACAGGAAGAGACCACAGGUGUGGUCAGAACCUAGUGACACCCUGGAGCUCCUGAUCUCAGGGACCCUCCACAAACCCACCAUCAAGGCUGAGCCAGGCCCUGUGAUCGCCUACAAAAGUGCCGUGACCAUCUGGUGUCAGGGGAGCCUGGAUGCACGACUGUACGUUCUGCAUAAACAGGGAAGCCCCAAACACUGGGGCACAGAGUCCCCAGAGGGCUUUGGGGAAAGGGCCAAGUUCUCCAUGCCUUCUGUGACAGAGGAACAUGUGGGACACUAUCAGUGUUACAGUUACAGCUCAGCUGGCUGGUCAGAGCCCAGUGACAACCUGGAGAUUGUGGUUACAGGGUUCUACCACAAUAAACCAAUCCUGUCAGCCCUCUCAGGACCUGUGGCAACACUAGGAGGGAUCCUGACACUUCAGUGUGUCUCACAGGAUAAAUAUCAAAAGCUCAUUAUCACCAAGAAAGAUGAGAAGUUCUCCAGCUCCCUGGAGGACUCACAGGAUAUAUAUACUCAUGAACACUCCACAGCCACAUUCUCUAUGAGUCCUGUGACCCCAGCCCACCGAGGGAUAUUCAGAUGUUAUGGUUACAGAAUGGAUACGCCACAGUUGUGGACGGUAUCCAGUGAUCCCUUGGAAAUACACAUCUCAGGGCUGUCAAAGAAGCCCUCUCUGCUGACUCUUCAAGGUCAUAUCCUGGACCCUGGAAAGAGUCUCACACUGCAGUGUUGCUCUGACAUCAACUAUGACAGAUUUGUUCUGCACAAAGUGAGGGAAUCUGACUUCACCCAGAACUAUGGCCAGAGGACACACUCUGGCCUCUCCUUGGCCAAUUUCACACUGGGCUCUGUAAGCAACUCCACUGGAGGGCAAUACAGAUGCUAUGGUGCACACAACCUCUCCUCUGAGUUGUCAGCUCCCAGUGAUGCCCUGGACAUCAUGAUCACAGGGCAGCUUCCAUUCACUUCUUUCCUCUCAGUGAAACCUAACUCAACAGUACAUCCAGGAGACAAUGUGACCUUCCUAUGUUGGUCAAGAAACCCAACAGACAAUUUCAUUGUGUACAAGAAUGGAACAGACCAUCAGCCCAAGCAACUAAAAUCAAAGUUCCAAGAUGGUCAUUUCCAGGCAGAAUUCUCCAUGAGUGGUGUGACCUCUACCUUCUCAGGAAGUUCCCCUGUGGAGAUCACUGUCUCAGGUGAGCCCAUGGAAGCCUCCAGCCCUCCACCCUUAAAGCCCAUGGAAGCCUCCAGACUUGAAUGUUUCCUGAAAGCUCUGGUUUGCGUGUCUGUGGCCUUUGCCCUGUUCCUCUUCAUCCUCAUUUUCCUUCUUCUCAGACGAAGGCAACAGGGGAAAGUCAGGAAGGAAGUGGCUAAAAUGGAAGGGGAGGAGCCUUGGUUUGGGAAACCUGUGGAAGGCAUAGGGCAGAAACCGUGCUUGGGCUGGAAAACAGACCCAGGAGAGUUGCAGCCCCCAUCCAACAGCAGCGUCUUCCUCUCAGGGUGA